GAAACUUAAUCACAUGCUCCUGUCUGUUUCCCUUUUUACAUCAGCAUGGCUCUCCAGACGUGCAGGUUGCCCCUGUGCACAUUCAGCAUAGUUUUCCUGUUUUCUGUUUUUGCUGUUGGAGAGGCAAAGUAUGGUGGCUUCAGGAGGUUCAAUCAGGAGCCGGACACCAGACUGGGAGAUGUGUCAGAGGAGCAGUGGUUCAUUCAGAAACUGGAUCACUACAAUGGUGCUGACAGCAGAGAGUGGAAGCAAAGGUUCUUUGUAAAUGACUCUUUCUACAUGCCGGGUGGUCCAGUGUUUUUGAUGAUUGGAGGAGAAGGCCCGGCCAACCCAGCCUGGAUGCAGACUGGUUCCUGGCUGACCUAUGCCAAGAAACUUGGAGCCCUGUGCCUGAUGCUGGAGCAUCGCUUCUACGGGAAGAGCCACCCGACAGAUGACCUCAGCACGGACAACCUGCGUUAUCUCAGCAGCCGCCAGGCGCUGGCUGACCUGGCACACUUCCGCACCGUGAUGGCAGAGAACAGAGGGCUGGCAGACAGCAAGUGGGUGGCUUUUGGCGGGUCGUACCCAGGUUCUCUCGCUGCCUGGUUCAGGCUGAAGUUUCCUCACCUGGUGUAUGCUUCUGUGGCCACGAGUGCACCUCUUCAGGCUACUGUCAACUUCCCAGAGUACUUGGAGGUUGUGUGGCGUUCGCUGGCCUCAGAGAACGCAGAAUGCCCCCUACUGGUGAAGAAAGCCUCUGAUACUCUAGUGGAGCUCCUGAAGGACCCGAAGACUUAUGACAACAUCACCAAGGACUUCAACCUGUGCUCCAAACUGCAGAUCCAGACACAGAGGGACUCGGCCUACUUCCUGGAAACGCUGGCGGGCAACUUCAUGGAUGUGGUCCAGUAUAACGGAGACAACAGGGCGUUUGAGGGCGUGGUGGGUACCAACAUCACCAUCAAGGUGCUGUGCGGCAUAAUGACCGACUCCUCCCUUGGGGACCCUUACGCCCGCUACGCCGCCGUGGCUCGCCUCAUGAUGGACACCUUCUCUAUGAAAUGUCUGGAUGCCAGCUUCAACAACUACCUCAGAGACAUGACUAACACAUCCUGGAAUGGGACGGCUGCAGGGGGAGGGAGACAGUGGGUCUACCAGACCUGCACUGAAUUUGGAUUUUAUCAGAGCACAGAUUCACCAAACCAGCCAUUCACUGGCUUUCCGCUUGUGUUCCACGUCAGACAGUGUGAAGAUUUCUACAAUGUCAGUGCUGAGCAAGUGGCCCAGGCGGUGGCUCAGACCAACGAGUAUUACGGCGGCUACAACAUCCGCUCCACUAGAAUAGUCUUUCCUAACGGGUCCAUUGACCCCUGGCACGCUUUAGGAAUCACCCAGGACAUCAGUCCUGACCUCCCUGCUGUCUUCAUCAAAGGAACAGCCCACUGUGCCAACAUGUACCCUGCCCGGGACGAUGAUCUCCCCCAGCUAGCUCUGGCCCGUGAACACGUCUUCUACCUUCUCCAGCAGUGGGUGAAGGGAUAACCGACAGCUGAAUGGGCCAAUCAGUGCAUUUCAAAGCAAACUAAUUUCUUUUGUCCUGACCGCUGACGCUGGAAUGAGACUGCUUUUUUCCUGCCACAUGUUUCAAUUUCUCAAAAAGGCACUUUGCACAAGAAUCAGUGGGUCUGAAGAUCAGGUAUCUUAAACAAGUGAGGCAAUUUUAACUGACGAAUAAAGUUGUUUUUUUUAUGA